UGUUGCUAAGGCUGAGGGGAGCGGGAGGUGGUGGGAGUAACAAGUUUUGGAAGCUAAGGCCUGAAAUAGGUCAAGGGUCAGUGCAGAGCCAGGGAAGAGAUGGUGAAGCAGACGAUCCAGAUUUUCGCGAGGGUAAAGCCCCCUGCUCGGAAGCAGCAAUCAGGGAUUUAUUCCAUAGAUGAUGAUGAAAAUUUAACACCUUGCUUGGAAAUUAUCAUACCUCGUGAUCUGGCAGAUGGAUUUGUGAAUAAUAAGCGAGAAAGCUACAAAUUUAUAUUUCAGAGGAUUUUUGAUCAAGAUGCAAAGCAAGAGAUCAUUUUUGAAAACAUUGCCAAACCAGUUGCUGAGAGUGUGCUGGCAGGUUACAACGGUACCAUCUUUGCAUAUGGACAAACGGGCAGUGGCAAGACAUUCACUAUCACAGGUGGGGCUGAGCGUUACAGUGACAGAGGCAUUAUCCCAAGGACGCUGUCAUACAUUUUUGAGCAGUUACAAAAGGACAGCAGCAAAAUAUAUACAACACACAUUUCCUACUUGGAAAUCUACAAUGAAUGUGGUUAUGAUCUAUUGGAUCCAAGACAUGAAGCCUCCAGAUUGGAAGAUUUGCCGAAAGUGACACUAUUGGAGGACACUGAUCAGAACAUUCAUCUGAAAAACCUGUCUCUGCAUCAAGCAACAAACGAGGAAGAAGCUCUGAAUUUGCUCUUCUUAGGAGACACCAACAGAAUGAUUGCAGAGACUCCCAUGAACCAAGCCUCGACCCGUUCCCACUGCAUCUUCACCAUUCACUUGUCAAGCAAGGAGCCAGGCUCUGCAACUGUCCGGCACGCCAAGCUCCACCUGGUUGACCUGGCUGGCUCUGAGCGAGUUGCCAAGAGUGGCGUAGGGGGCCAGCUUCUGACCGAGGCCAAGUAUAUCAACUUGUCACUGCACUACUUGGAGCAGGUCAUCAUUGCCCUUUCAGAAAAAAACCGUUCGCACAUUCCUUACAGGAACUCCAUGAUGACCAGUGUCCUGAGAGACAGUUUGGGAGGGAACUGCAUGACCACUAUGAUUGCAACGCUGUCUUUAGAGAAAAGGAAUAUCGACGAAUCUAUAUCUACCUGCAGAUUUGCACAACGAGUGGCACUCAUAAAGAAUGAAGCUGUUCUUAAUGAAGAAAUCGAUCCCAGAUCGAUGAUUAUAUGCCUUCAAAAGGAAAUCCAGGAACUGAAGGAUGAACUGGCCCUUGUCACUGGGGAGCAGAGGACAGAGGCACUCACAGAAGCAGAGCUCCUCCAGCUGGAAAAACUAAUAACAUCCUUUUUGGAAGACCAGGAUCCACAGAGUAGACUAGAGGUUGGAGCUGAUAUGCGUAAAAUUCAUCACUGUUUUCAUCAUUUAAAGAAACUAUUGAAUGACAAGAAGAUCCUCAGGAACAGUACAGUCUCCUCUGAAAUCAAAGAGCCAGACUGCCAAGAACCAGUGAGAGAGGAAGAAUAUAAAAAGCUACGAGACCUUCUAAAGCAGAGGGAUAAUGAAAUCAAUAUUUUAGUCAACAUGUUAAAAAAGGAAAAGAAGAAAACUCAGGAUGCUCUCCACUUCUCUAGUGUGGACAGAAGUGAAAUCAGACUCGUCCAGAGCUCACCCUUCCCACCUGGAAACCCAGAAGGUCAGAGGACAUCACUGCUCUCAGCCCCGACACAGUCCCAGGAUUGCAGCAUGCUCAGGAACAGAUCCAGUUUGCUCCACAAAAAGUCAGGGAUGAGAGAGGAAAUGUCAUUAGGACGCCAGGAGGCUUUUGAAAUAUUCAAGAGGGACCAUGCUGACAGCGUUACCAUCGAUGACAACAAACAGAUUCUGAAACAAAGGUUUUCUGAAGCAAAGGCCUUGGGAGAAAGUAUAAAUGAAGCAAGAAGUAAGAUUGGUCACCUGAAGGAGGAGAUCACCCGGCGGCACAUACAGCAGGUGGCUCUAGAAGUCUCAGAAAACAUGGCCUUUCCCUCGACACCAGGCCAGGAAGACAGACUGCGAUCACAACUGGAGGAAGAGAAGAGAAGGUACAAAAUUAUGUUCACCCGCCUGAAGGCCCUGAAGGUGGAGAUCGAGCACUUGCAGCUGCUCAUGGACAAAGCCAAGGUGAAGCUGCAGAAAGAGUUUGAAGCCUGGUGGGCAGAAGAGGCCACUCACCUGCAGGUAAAUUCUCCAGCAGUGAAUUCACUGGAUCACGCGAAGCCCUCUCCCCAGAGCUCUGAAUCCCAGCAGGACCAGUCCCAGCUUCUCUCCAGCCAGAGGCUGGCACCAGAAACCGCUCGGAAGCCCUGGGAACUGGCCACUGUUCUCCAAAGGCAAACGCGCACAGCCUGCCACCUUGUGGCUGCCUCCAGUCCUGCAGUAGCCCUCGCCCGACACAGCACAGACCCAGCUUCUCCAAGUGCCCUGAGUGCCAGAAAAGUCUCGCCCUCGCCCUGCCCCAGCCCGCGCAGCCCCGAGCAGAGCAGCACUGGCACCUGGCUGGAAGGCAGCAUCCCUGAGAGGACAACUUCGUCUGUCCCUCUCACCGGAGACAGCCAGACGGACUCUGACAUCCUGGCAUUCCUCAAGGCCAGGCAGAACAUUCUGCAGAAGAAAUGUCUGGGAAGCAACUGAUUUUCUGAGGAGAGUCCAGCCACGUGCUGCUUCAAGACUGAAGUGCAGACAGAGUCUGGCCUGGGAGCAGCUGGUGAACUUGAACCCAGCAGAGGGGAGCUGUGAUUCUUUAGGGAUGGUGUCCUGGGGGUGGCCAGAGACGCUGGGCCGGGGCUGCAGGUGACAUCCUUCCUGUGGUUGCUGGAGCUGCUGGCAGGAUGAGGCUUCAGCUCGCUCUCAGUGACGUCUCCGUAGAUAACGACAAACUUUUGAGAUUUAUGAGAUCCUAACAUAGUGGCAAGGGAAGCCCACAGUGGUAUGAUGUGGGGGAUAAUAAUCAGUUAAUUUUAGCUACUUACCAGCCCUCUGCCCUGGCCUGGCCCCUAAGUUAGAAGCCCAGGAGUGGCUACGGGCAGUCCAGGCAGGACUGGGGAGCCCCAGGCAAGGCAGCGGAUGGCAGAGCACCUUGAUGGCCUCUCUCGGCCCAAACCCUCUCUCUGAGUGGACAGCUCUCAAGAGCUGAGAGAGGGCAGCUCGGGCACCACAGGACUCAGCCUCCACCCAACCACUUGGGGCUUGGCAGGAUUUGACCAAACUCCCUGUUCACACAGGGAAAGCACGGCUGCCAGGGUCUCGUCUCAGUGAACCGGCCCAGCACUCCAGGCACUGGCCUCAUGACAAACCCGUGGACGGGGCCAGCCCUCAGGAGACCCAGGAGAACUACAGAACUACAGCCUGCAUGGGGGCUUCAACCUAGCUCCAGCUGGGGGGGGAGGGGGGAGUGGGAGGGGGGUGGCGCUGGAAAGGAGCUACCUGAAUAAAAGUGCCUGUCCCUCACUCCUAGAGUCUGUCCUGUACGUAGAGGACCUGGGGACCCUGGAGGGAGAGCAGAGAGAGAAUGCGGAUAAUUGGUUUGUUUGGGUUUUUUUCUCUCUUUUAGAACUGGGUAAAAAGAGUCAUGAGGGACGAGAGGGAUUUGUUCCAUCUCAAAGCCAGCCAGGCCCACAGGGCUGCUGUAGGUCACGCCCUGGCUCACACCAUUAGAAAGCGGAAGCAAAGGGAGACGCGUCUUGCUGCUCCACAGCCAGUGUCCCUCACCAGCCCACCCAGAGAGACCCCCGUCCCCUUACUGUUUCCUUUUCUUUAUCACCAACAGACAUAUUCUCCUUCUUUUCUCGCCUAUUUUUAAAUGACCUUCCACCCCUAGUACUGAAAGCCCCAGGACAACAGGGACCUCUUCCUCUUGCUCCUUACUGUGUCCCCAGCACAGAAUCGGUGUUCAAUAAAUAGUCCCUCUGUUCACAGGUGACAGAACCAGAAUGCAGCUUGCCCUCAGGCUCCCUGUACUUCCCUCUGGCUCAGUGAGUGAGCCCCAAUGUGGUGGGGAACACCUCCUGGUCCUCGUGAUUCUAGGACACACCGAAAGUCCUUAGUAAAGUCUGUAGAACCAGGGGAAGACCAUACAGAGCCCUGACAACCUGAUUCUAGAAGGUUCUCCGAGAGCCCAUGGCGUACACAUAUUGAUGCACACACACACACACACACACACACACACACACACACACACACACUCAGGAGUCCUGAAGAUGGUGUGGAACCUACCAGCACACUCUCUGGAAACAGCACCAGUGUUCCUGGCAGCCUUGAGCUGGCUAGAGUCUGUUGACUUUAGCUCUCCCGCUGAGACGUUAUCUUCUGGAUCCAAAGGCUUUAUUGACAGAGAUGUGUGGUUUGGCCCCACGGCCCCAUGCAGGGUGUGAACCAGCCUCCUGGAACAGUCUCUGUGGGCAGGGAGGAAAUGGAGAAGAGAGAAAAACACACAGGUAAUCUGGGGCCACUGGAUCUUGCUGAUCUAGUCAUAUGCAAAGCAUGCAUGGGAACUGGUGAGGAAGCUCCCCACUCCAAAAGGCCUGUCCCUGGUCCCUGUUCCUCCCGGGAAGCUGAGCCUGGGGGAGGUGAUGGUAGUCCAGCGUGCAUCUGCACCCAAGGAUGCAGCUGGCCUCUGGGAUGGGAGGAACAGGCGAAUGCUGAGGUAGGUUGCUCCGGCAGUCCACUGGGCUCAGGGGAACCAGGAAUCAUAAGAAGUCUCUGAGUUCACUCAGGCCCAAAUGAAGAGUGUUUCAAAAUGUUUCUGGAAAGCAGCCGGAUGGGUGACUCCAGCCCCAUCCCAGCUAGAAUUCCCUUGGCUCUAUGUUCCCUGUACAGGACGUGGGGGUGGGGGUGAUGGUGAGCUUCCUCAGUUCUAGCCAACAGGGACUUUUAAAAAGCAGAUAGAGAAACUGGUACACUGAAUAAUGAGUCUUCAUACUUUACCAGCUAGAAUAGAAUUGGCAUCCAAAGCUUUGUCGGGGCCUCGUGGAUUGGCGUAUACUUCUCUGCCUUUUAAAUUUUGGCCAUGUGUAUAUAAAGUGUAUUUAGGAUGACAUAAGCAGAAGCCUGAAACAGCUUGCAGGGUUAGGCUGUGAUUUCUUUCACUCUUGUGAUAUCUUGAGAUGAACAGAUCUUGGAUAGCUGCGGCUCUUUCAACCUGGACCUUGGAACAUACGGAGAAGAAAUCUGAGCUGUCUCCAGACUGGAACAGAGCUUCUCAGUCAGUGAAGCCCAGUCCAGAUCAGCUGAAUCACAGUUGACCCAAAGACCUACUGUCUUACAAGAAUAAAUGCUUCUUGGCAUAAACCA